AUGGCAGACCCAUACGUUUACAGCUCACACUCAACGCCUACGCCCAGCGGGGUUGCCUACUAUCCCCCAGAAGAUCAGUCUCGGUACCCGGCCUAUGGCCAUCAACAGCCAUAUGGAAACCAAGAAUAUCAUAACCCUGGACCGGACCAAUACAACCAUGUACCAGAGUCUUACCAGGCCAUCCAAAGCCCAAACCAAACCUACGCUCCUCAGCAGAGCUCAUACCACCUCGUGCCCGAGCCAUAUGGAUCUACGGAGAGAAGCCAUACGCCCACAGGGCAGCCAGACUACCUUGGGCCAGUGAAUCCAACAGGAAAUGAACAUGCGCAAGACAGAAUCCCGGAGAACGCAGGAUACUACAAUAAUCAUCCAGCCGGUCAACCAGGGUACACACCCUCCGAAAGCCCCCAUCGCCCCGCUGUGUAUGAAUCUGAACCAGACGAUUCACGGCACAGUGGCAUGGCUGAACAGCGUUCCGAUACAGACACGGACACUGACCGCGGUAUGGACCGCGGGCUUGGAGGUUCGCUUGCUGGUGGCGUGGCGGGCUAUUACCUCGGCCAUAAGAAAGAGCAUGGCUUACUGGGCGCGAUUGGUGGUGCUCUACUAGGAAAUUUCCUGGAGGACAAAGUGAAGGAUUCCAAGAAUGAUGACGAUAGUGACAAUGAGCAUGGGCACGUGGUCAUAGCGGGCACUCUCAUGGUCGGCACUCUCAUAGUUCUCAUCAUAGCCACUCGAGGCACCGCGAUGAGGAGGACUACUGAGUGGAACUAG